AUGGCGGUGUUUGAUGAGGAGGAGAAUACACUCGAGCAGGAAAUAGACGCCGACGACGACGGGGAUGAGGAGGAGGAGGGGGUGGACGAGCAGGAUGACGGCGAGGAUGAGGAGGAGGAGGAAGUGCUGAACAGCGGUGGGGGUAGGGCGGCGGCGGGUCCGGUUGACGGAGACGACGAGGAGGAUGACGGAGGAGAGGAUGAAGACGACGGCGGCGGGGACGACGACGACGACGACGACAACGGAGACGACGAUGAUGAUGAGGAAGAAGGCGAAGAAGAAGAAGAGGAAAUUGACGGCAGUGAUGAUGACGAGGAAGAAGAAGAGGUGGUGGAGCAGGACGAGGAGGGAGUGCUGAACAUCAGUGGAGGUAGGGCACAGGUAGCUUCGGUUGAUGGGGACGAUGAUGGGGAUGACGAAGAUGAAGAAGAAGAAGAGGAGGAUCUCGGAACAGAGUACCUAGUGAGGCCGGUGGGCUGUGCUGAGGACGAGGAAGAUGCCAGUGAUUUCGAGCCACAAGAGAAUGGUGAUGAGGAAUUUGAAGAGGGAGAUGAAGAAGAAGAUGGUGAUGAGGAUAAUACAGGUGGAAAAAUCGAGGCCCCACCAAAGAGAAAGCGCUCUUCCAAGGACGAUGACUCAGACGACAGUGAUGGUGGAGAGGACGAUGAUGAGAGACCAUCCAAACGAUAG